CUCGUUGGGGAACGUGCUGUAGAUCGCACGUUGGACCUCUUCAGACUACAACGGUCUAACUGUCGUGUUGUUGUUGAUAAUGAUGACGAUGAUGGACUCUUAUCUUUUUUCAGACCUACUGCUGUGGAUGCCUACCUCUUUGGACGUCUGUGGCCCCUGCUCAACUAUGACUUGCAGCGCAACAGUACAAAGAACCCGCCUGCACGGCUGAUUGCACACAUCUACCAAUGUGACAACCUCUUUAAGCACUGCCAGCGUAUCCAGCGGAUGUGCUUCCCCUCCGCAAGAUUAACCAUGCGUCCAGCGCCUUUCGCACAGACUGCGGCCGAAGCUGAGACAGCUAACCAGGGUAUCCUGUCUUCCUCCUCGGCCUGGCUCCGGUCUCGCCCGCUCCGGGAUGGUCUCUUUUUUGGGGCCUUUGUACUCACAGUCAUGGCCAUGUUCGCCGUCCGCGUGGGCAUUGUCCGCAUCUCGACUGUGGAUGAUGAGGAGGACGAGGGUCUGACAGUAGAGCCCGAACUUCUCUCUUCAAGUGACUAG